AGACAGGCCGCGAAAGAAACGUCGUUGUGGAAAAAAGGCCAGUGUCUGAUUCCUUACAUAUCAGGUCUAGGAACAAUGCUAGGCAAGAUGAAAGCGAAAGCAGCGAGCGCGGAUCGGCUUCGGUUAUUUCACCUGCUACACAUGAGUCAGAGAAGUCGUGUAACGAGCUAUGUGUCGAGGGCGAUAACCCUGCCGAGUUUUUUUCGCCCAGUUGCAGUGAAACAUCUGCCAGUGACACAAACAACUCUACGUGCCUUCAGAUACUUGACAAAAACAAUUCAAAGGUUUCACCACCGUCGGCAAAUUACUUUCGGCGAAAUAGCAACUCGUCCAGUCAAAAGUUAUCAGCGGAUGCACGUAGAGAGCAUCAACUGCAUGUUCCUAAGUUUAAACGAUC